AUGCUUUCGCUCAAAAACAACUGGACAACCGUCUUGAGAUCUCCCUCAAUUCCAAAGGCUGCUUUGAUGUCCGUUUCAAGACUUCAACUGAGAGUUAGGAAUAUCAAUACUGUUGCACCGGCAGAAAUUGAAACUUUCUUGCAAAAGCAUAAAAACGACAAGAUUUUACCAGUAGAUGCAUCUUGGUACAUGCCAAACGUGCCUGCAAAUGCGUACAACGAGUUUCAGAAGGAGAGAUUCAACAAGGAUGCCGUUUUCUUUGAUAUCGAGAAGAUUUCAGACCACUCGAGCCCAUAUCCCCACAUGCUUCCUACAAAAAAGUUGUUUGAACAGGAGGUAGGCAAACUAGGAAUCAGCAACGACACUUCUCUCUUACUGUAUGAUCGCCAAGGGAUCUUUUCUCUUUGCAGAGCUGCCUGGAUGUUUGAGAUCUUUGGCCACGAUCCUGAAAAGUUGUUUAUUCUGAAUACGUUUCCUUCCUACAAACAGUCCUUUUCAGAUCCAAACUUGGUCAUGGUCGUGCACGAGAUGAUCAACCGGUUGGAGACUACUGUCACUACAAAGCCUUCCCCACACAAACCUCUUGCACAGGCAGGUGAGAUUGGCAAAAGCGUCACUUUAAUUGAUGCAAGAUCCAACGACCGGUUCACGGGAGCUGUUGCUGAACCAAGAGCCGGAAUAUCAUCCGGCCAUGUCCCGGGUGCCGUUAAUUUGCCAUUUAACGAGUUGCUCACACCAAACAAAUCGUUCUUGUCAAGAAUGACCCUUGACUCUGUUAUCAAGGAGCAUAACAUCGAUGAAUCAAGGCCGAUCAUCGUCAUGUGUGGCACGGGUGUUACUGCAUGCGUUGUGCGGACUGGAUUGAUUCUUGCAGGCUUCAAUCCUGACAAUAUUGCCGUUUACGAUGGUUCGUGGACUGAAUGGGCCAUGAGAGCCCCAAAGAGUCUUUUGGCAAAGGGUGAUGCUUGA